UACGGAAAUGAAAAAUACGACCGUAUAAUUACAUUUGCAAGUACUAUAGUCUAUAAGAAUAGCUUGUACGUUAUUGUGUAGAACUAGAACAGUCUUUUAACAAUGUUAAUAGGUGUAACGUUGCUUUCCAAUCUUGCAAUGUCAGCAGCUGGGUUUGUAGUUGUUCUGAGAAUAAUACCAAAAUUCAAAGACAUGUUCAUUAAAGCUGGUUUGAAAGGAGUAGAUAUGAGUAAACCAGUGAAUAAAGAAAUCCCUGAAUCUGCUGGGGUAAUUUCAGGAUCAGUUUUCCUGAUAAUUAUGUUUCUCUUCAUACCAGUGCCAUUUAUUCAGUAUUGGACAACAAACACAUCUGAAGCUUUUCCCCACCAUGAGUUUGUAGAACUUGUUGCUGCUCUUCUGUCGAUUUGCUGCAUGCUGUUUCUGGGAUUUGCUGAUGAUGUUCUUGAUUUGAGGUGGCGACAUAAAUUGCUACUUCCAACAAUGGCAUCUCUUCCUCUUCUUAUGGUUUACUAUGUAACUUUCAACACAACUACCAUUAUUGUUCCAAAACCGUUUCGAUUAUUCCUUGGUCAUGACCUAUGGUUAGGUCCCCUGUACUAUGUUUACAUGGGAAUGUUAGCUGUGUUCUGCACCAAUGCUAUCAAUAUCCUAGCUGGGAUCAAUGGACUAGAAGUUGGUCAAUCAGUAAUCAUUGCUGCCUCUAUUAUAUUAUUCAAUUUUAUUGAGUUGUUUGGAGAGUGUUGGAAGGCUCAUAUUUUCUCUUUGUACUUCAUGCCACCUUUUCUUGGCACCUCAUUAGGACUUUUGUAUUAUAACUGGUACCCAUCUCAUGUAUUUGUCGGGGACACUUUUUGUUACUUUGCUGGAAUGACAUUUGCUGUUGUUGGAAUUCUUGGUCACUUCAGUAAAACAAUGCUGCUGUUCUUUAUACCUCAGAUAUCUAACUUCAUCUUCUCUGUCCCGCAGCUUUUUCAUUUAGUACCUUGUCCCCGUCAUAGAUUACCUAAAUAUAAUAAAGAUACAGAUCGUGUUGAGAUGAGUUGUGUUAUGUUCAAGUCUAACCAGCUUCAUCCAAUUGGAGCCAUGUUCCUAUAUAUUUUUCAUCAGUUUGGGUUAGUAUGCUACCGACAAGGCUUGGGAGAAGACGGAAAGUAUUCAGAAUGCACAAACUUCACACUAGUCAACUUUGUUCUCAAAGUCAUGGGACCUCUUCGUGAAAGAACUGUUACUGUCAUACUUCUAGUAUUACAGGUUCUUUGCAGUGGAUUAGCCUUUUCAGUUCGUUAUGGACUGGCAAGAGUUUUUUAUGAUGUAGUUUAGUUUUAAAUUCUAGAAUAAAGGGCAUUAAAUGGGUGCUAUAACCAUGAAUUAGGCAUUAUAAGAAUGGCUUUUAUUAAAAGUACUGUUUGAAAUAAGGGGUGCGUAAAGAAUAAGAUAUGAUAAAUCAAGAGAAUUGAAAAUUGUUAUUUGUUUUUACAACAGUCAGGGACAGUGUGACCUAGAUAAUUGGUUUGUGUUUAUUCUGUUACAUCUGAAAGUUGUCCCAAAGAUUUCAACCCAGUUGUGCUGUAAAGUCAGUGCUUAAUUGGUUCUUGUUUUGAACUUGCUAGUCCAUGUCUUAACAUUUAUUCCAUGUGUGAACAAAAUAAACAUUUUUUAAAAGAAGUUUGACUGGUAGAAUGUAAUUUAUCUGAAAAGUUUGAAUGUACUUCAUUUGCCUCUUUGGAGCUAGUUUUAAGCUUAAAGUUAAUAACACACCAAUAUUGGUAGAUAUAGUUUAUUAAAACCUUUUGAAUGAAUUACUCUUCCAAUCAAACCUUUUUUUAAAACUAUUUUAUGAUUUUCAGAAGUCAUAAAUACCACACUAGAACUAAAUUAAUAUAAAUUAAAACAAGAAGAUGGAGUUGCAUGCUGUAAUAAUAUGUUUGUUGUGUGUUUCACUGACUGUUUAUUAUGUGCUAUGUGAAAGCAAAAUCCUGAAGCACUUUCAUGUAGUCUAGACAUGAUCCACUAGAAGAUAUGUAAUGAUUUUUUUCUCAACUUCUUUAUGACAGUUAUGAGAGCUGCAAAACAAAACUAUUUUAAAGAAGUCAUAUAAGGAAGGUGUAAAGUAUAUGCAAAUUUUUAUUAAAGUUUGUUUGACAAGCAGUGAUUAUUUUUAUUUUCCUAAGACACUUUAAAUAUUACUUUAAGACAUAGUAGUAUGUUUCCAAAUUUUUUAAAGCUAAAUCUAAAACCAAAAUGUUCAGAAGCAUAACAAUUAGGCAUUCAAGAACUUUAAAAUGUACCGUGUCAUGUGUAUACAUUUAUUUGUAAGACAGGAAAAAACUUAUUAAUAGCAAAUAGAUAAAAAACAUUUUCUCAACCAGUGGUCCAGAGACAACUGUAACAAACAACUGAUCAAUUAAAGCUUUGCCAGAAACCUUUCCACUUGAUGGUUAAACUUCUGCUACUAUUCUCUGCUGAUUGUUUAUUUUACAACUGUUGAAAAAUCUUGUUGUUGAGAAAGUUGGUUAUUAUGUUCAAGCAGAAACUUUCAAUGGGUUGUGGGUUGUUUAGGUUAGGUGAUCAAUAGUUGUGGUUGUGCUUUUAGCUUUGAAUUAUUUUUAUGCAUAUAAUAACUUUACUGUGGUUUAUAUAAAUUCUUUCAUUUGACUUAUUUUGUAAAUAUUCUGCAAUUUUGUAUUUACAGCUAUGUAUUGCAUAAAAAUAUCUAUGACCUUUUUUAAUUGCCAAAGUAUUCAUUGUCUGAAAAUAUUUUUUCUGUUUCUACUAAAAUGUUAGUUUUUACAGACUUUUACUUAAAACCUUUAAUUUCAGCAACUUGUGUUAUUGAAUUUAUCUAAAGGCUAUUACCCUUACAGUGUAUCAGAAAAUCUGAAUUUCAUUAAAACCACAGAUUUGAGCAUUGGUGUUUUCAGUAAAAAUUCAUUAUUUUAUUUAUAACUCAAAGGGUUAAGGCAUGAUAAUUUUUUAGAAACUUUUGACUUCUUUAAUAUUUUGUUAAUACUAUUUAUCCUAGGUUUGUGUUUGCUGCUCUGUAAGAAUUCUGCAGUAAUAAUAUAAGCUCUAUUUGGAAUUGUAAUGUUUGUCCAUUGAGAUAGAUGGCCCUAAUAAGUAGUUGUUUAAUCAAAUAUCUGAGAGACAUUAAAAUAGCUAUAGCUAGAAUGUUAUAAGUUAUUUGAGCACUACUUUUAAAAUAAGUGACUUUGUCUGUGGCAUAUUUGAAAAUGAAAAUACACAAUUUAAAAUUUUUGUUUUUUAUGAAAUUAUUUCUUUUGGAUUUUAAAUGUAAGGCUAACUAGAGUAUUCAUGCCUGUGGUCUAGAUUUUAUAUUUGAGGGUGGUGCAAUUUUUGUAUGCAUGUCACUUUAUUAUUUACUUUGCUGUACCUUUUUUUUAUGCUAACAUUAUUAUAGUUAAAAAGUUUAAUAUUCACAGUAGUUUUUAAUGCAUUCCUCUGUGUUGUGAUUAAGAAACAAAUUUGUUCAGCAAAUACAGUUAAUGUUGUGUAUUGAUAAAGAUCAAUGAAACCCAUAAAAGUUAUGAACAGCUAGAAAAGUACACUUAUGUAAUAGCUUUGUAUAAAAGAUUAAAAUAUUUCAAAAA